AUGAUUCGUAAAAUCAUGAGAACCAAGUUUGAUGGUGAUGGGGGUCGGGUGGUCAACUGCGCAGUUCCUCCAUGCCCAGCUCUGGAACCAUCCCCAUAUGCCUGUGCCACCCCACCAUGUCCAGCCCCAGUUGCCCCUCUCCCACCACCACCAAUGCCAGCCCCAGCUCCAGCCUACAACCCAUAUCCAUGCUCCAAUCCCCCAUGCAUCGUCGUUGAGCCAGUCCCAGUAGCUCCACCAACUCCAGCCUAUAACCCAUACCCAUGUGCCACUCCACCAUGCCCAGCCCCAUACGUUCCAGAGCCAGUUGUCCCAAUGCCACCAGCUCCAGCUCCAGUGUACGAGCCAUACGCUUGCGCCGCGCCACCAUGCCCACCACCAGCACCAAUUGUCCCAGAGCCAGUGAUCCAACACGUUCCAGUUCCAUACCCAGUUCAGGUUCCAGUCCCAGUCCGUGUUCCAGUCCCAACUCCAGUUCAAGUGCCAGUCCCAGUCCCAACUCCAGUCUACCAGCCGGCAUAUGCUUGCGCCGUCCCACCAUGCCAAGCAGCUCCAGCCUAUGCUCCAGCACCAGCUCCAGCUCCAAGAGCCAUCCCAGUCUACGCUCCUGCUCCAGCCUGCGCUCAACCACCUUGCCCAGCCUAUAACCCAUAUGGAUACCAAGGAACUCCAGGAUACGCUCCAGCAUAUGCUCCAUACGGAGCACCAGGAUACACUCCACAGUACGCUGCUCCAGCUUACAAUCCAUACAACUCCAUCCUUCGCUCCCCAAUGGCCAUUCCAUCGUACGCUCCAGGAGCAUCUCCGUUCAGAAGAGCCAUGCUUCUCUUGGGAUCCAACAAGUCCAAGAAGAUCGCCACCGCCGAGGAGAAGAAGAAAUCUGCUUGA